CAUUUUUGGUAUGUCCUUCCUUUUUGAAAAAGCAAAUAAAAAAACCGCAGACAAUAACUGCCAUUAUCGACCCUCACCCCGAACUUUCUUUUUUUUUUCAUUUUCCAAAAGGGCUGCCCUUUAACGAAACUUCUCUGCCGUUUUCCAUUGGUUUUUUUUAGACAACGUUUUCAUUUUUAAAUGUCUUGUAAGAAUCUUUAAGGCUUAAAACAUCUGUUUCUUCUUCCUCUGUUUUCAUGUUUGGUUGCUCUGAAAAUUUCUUUCAAAAAAAAAACACAGUUUUCAUCGACAAUUCAAGUUCUUGGCUUUGCUAAGGGUUAGAUAAUUCUCAAAGUUGAAGUUUUUUGGCAUUUGAAACUAUCUCAGAUCAUGACUAUCCGGCGAGACAAAUUUGUAAGGUUCAAAGAUUGGAGUUCAGAUGAUGGAUCAUUUACAUCAAAAGUUAGACCAUCAUUCAGUGCUGUUAUAGAGGGUGCCCGGAAACUGUUCGAGAAUGGUUCCGAACGUGCCCGGGAACUGUUCGAGAAUGGUUCCGAACGAGUUAAAGGCUUAAAGAAACCAGUGAAUUUCGGGUUUUCGAGUACAAAGCAACCGAAGAAAGACAAGGCAGUGAGUUCAAAGAAGAGGACUCUUAAUCCACAAGGAGAGUUUCUUCAAAACUGGAACAAAAUGUUCCUUCUUUCAUGUGCCAUUGCUCUAGCUAUUGAUCCUUUGUUCUUUUACAUCCCUGUGGUUAAGGGAAAUUUGAAAUGCCUCGACUUGGACAACAAACUCGGGAUCGUUGCUAGUGUCCUUCGUACUUUAAUCGACGCUUUUUACGUCAUUCAUAUCGUGUUUCAAUUCCGUACCGCAUUCAUUGCCCCUUCGUCGCGUGUAUUCGGUAGAGGCGAGUUGAUUGAAGAUCCUUGGGCUAUCGCGAAACGGUAUUUGUUCAAGAACUUCUUCAUCGAUAUUCUUGCUAUCUUACCACUUCCACAGAUGGUGGUCAUAAUCAUAAAAUCAUCAUUGAGAGGCUCCGUUUCGGAGAUCACGAAAGAUUUAUUGAAAACCUUUAUUUUCAUCCAAUACGUGCCGAGAAUCCUUCGAAUCGUUCCUCUUUUCAAAGAAGUUACAACCACUUCCGGCAUAUUAACCAAAUCGGCAUGGACCGGUGCUGCUUUGAAUCUCUUCCUAUACAUGUUAGCUAGUCAUGCAGUUGGAGCCUUUUGGUACUUGUUUUCGAUCGAACGACAGGACCGGUGUUGGCGUAAUGCUGUAAAUGGCGACGUAGCCGUGUUGUACUGUCAUAAAGGCAUAACAAGAAACGAUACAUUAGUGAAUAUGCUGAAUACUACCUGCUCGUUAAUCAAUCCCGACGACUUGAAAGAUCCGAAACACUUCAACUUCGGGAUAUUUUUCGAUGCACUCGAGUCCGGUGUGGUGGAAACCAUGGAUUUUCCUAUGAAGUUCUUGUACUGCUUUUGGUGGGCUUUGCGUAAUCUAAGUUCUUUAGGCCAAAAUCUCAAAACAAGUACCUAUGUGUGGGAGAUAUUGUUUGCCAUUGCCAUUGCCAUUGGUGGCUUGAUUCUGUUUUCACUGCUCAUUGGGAACAUGCAGAAAUAUCUAGAAUCAACAGGGGUGAGAGUGGAGGAAAUGAGGGUGAAAAGGCAAGAUGCAGAGCAAUGGAUGUCACACCGGAUGCUACCGGAGAACCUUAGGGAACGUAUAAGGCGAUAUGAACAGUACAAAUGGCAAGAAACCAGAGGUGUUGAAGAAGAAGCCCUCAUUGCUAACCUUCCUAGGGAUCUCAGAAGAGAUAUAAAGAGACAUCUUUGCUUGGAUCUUCUCAAAAGAGUGCCAAUGUUCGACAAAAUGGAUGAACAACUAUUAGAUGCAAUGUGUGAUCGUCUCAAACCAGUGCUUUACACCGACAAGAGCUAUAUUCUCCGAGAAGGUGAUCCGGUGGAGGAGAUGCUGUUUAUUAUCCGAGGGAAUCUGACAAGUACGACCACAAACGGCGGAAGAACCGGUUUCUUCAACUCUGCUCAUCUCAAAGCCGGUGACUUUUGCGGCGACGAUCUUCUCACAUGGGCAUUGGAUCCCCAAUCAUCGUCGAACCUACCGAUCUCGACGAGAACAGUGCAGGCCUUGAAAGAAGUUGAAGCUUUUGCUUUAAUGGCGGAUGAUUUGAAAUUCGUGGCUUCUCAGUUUCGACGUCUUAGCAGCAAGCAAUUCAUGCAUACUUUCAAGUUCUACUCGGUGAGAUGGCAGACAUGGGCCGCGGCGUUUAUACAAGCAGCUUGGCGCCGACACUGCAGGAGGAAGCAGGUAAAGUCACUACGUGAAGCCGAGGGAGAGCCGCUUGCAGCUCUGGCAAACGGGAACGAAACCUCACCAAGCCUCGGUGCCACGCUUUACGCUUCAAAAUUUGCCGUCAAUGCGUUACGAACGUUGCGGAGGCAUGGUUCGCAAAGCAGCCCUAGAUUGCCUCAAAGAUUGUCGCCGUUGCUUCCUCAAAAGCCAGCCGAGCCUGAUUUUACGGCUGAAUAAUAAAUGGGAAAAUAGCUAAUUAAGGAGCUUUGCGUUUCUCUAUUCGAUUAGUGUAAAUUUUGGGGAAAACCUGCUUAUAAACAGAUGCAUAUAUAGUUUUUUUUUUAAAUGCAAAUCAAUUUAUGGGGUCAAUUAUAAGUAA